AGCAGCCUUAUAAGGGCAGGGGUACUGUGUCACCGAAAAACGUCCCAUAGCUUCCCAGGCACAACUGAUAUAAUGGACCCCAACACUGAAGAUGCAGAGAGCCAAAAUGUUGAGGAUCGCUUGCAUCAUGAUGCAGCACAGUACAAAGUGAGCUAUCCUAAAGGGAGAAACACAAAACAGGCGGAUGAUGCUGCAAAUGAAGAGUGCAACAAAAAGAGAUACCCGGUUAGCCGCUCUGGGAACAACCCAGGCAGAGUGAAGCGGGUAGUGUCAUGUAAAAGGAAGACUCAUCAUCUGACUGUGGCUCGAAGAAAGCAGCUUGGGUCUGGGAGAACUUGUGAUGCUCCAAACAAGGAAAAUGAAACAAAAGUCUUGCAGGGCACACAGCAGGAUAUUUUCAGUAUGGACCCCUGGGAUUUCCCAUUUCAUGUCAAUAAUAUCAAUAACAACCAAGGAACUGAUAGAACUGGUUGUGAAGAGGCUGACUACUGUGUACUGACUGAGCUCACGAGGGAUCACAACACGCUGACUGACGUGCUUUUUGGAAGAAAUCUAAGACUCAAAGUGGCUUUAACGUUGUGGCAGAGAAAUGUUGGAGAGCUGCUGACAUACUUUCUGAGUAUCCAAGAUACUGGUGUGUUUGUUGACUUUCUCCCGCUCAUAAGCAAAUGCAUUGAUGAGGAUUCUUCAAAGAUAACCAUCGGCUGUUGUGUCGACCUCUUUCCUUUAGUUGGCAAAGUCUUCAGCAGUCCAUAUGAAGAGCAUCUUACUGUUGGCCUAAAGUGGGUAAAUUCAGUUUUAAAAAACUGGUGGGAGGAUCUAAAAGAUAGUGGCUUCAGUGGCUCAACAAACUCUCUGCUGGAUGAAAACUUUCAAGUUUUUAAUCAGCAGUUAUGGGAAUUGUGGCAGCAGGAACCCUUUUUGAAGUCUGUUCCAGGACCUGCAGGAGACAUGGCAAAGGUCAUCGAUUCCUUCCUGUCUAAACUCACAUGUCAGCAGUGAAGAUCCUGAACGCAUCGUUCUCCGUUAACAGUUCAAUUCAAUUUUAUUCGCCUCAGGGCGCAUGAACAGUCUCCUUAGUUUUGAAAGUGUUAUUCAUAGUAGCUGCUGACGUUUGCACUGACUGGCUCUUAGUGUGGGCUGGAUGUAUUUGCAGAGCAGCUUAAGCAACUAAAGAAUUGAGCAAUGUCUACAACAGCAAUGGUGUGACAAGGCCGAUAAUUUCUCUCUUAAGUAGCAAAGUAGUAUUUUGUAAAUAAUUAUCCACUUAUUUUCACAACGCAGAUAUUGUGAUGACUGUAAGAUUUUUGUCCUUUUAACUGCUUCAUUAAUGAUUAACACUU